AGUCUUCGAAUUAGCCUAUAAGCCCGAAGCCCGAGUCGAUUUUUUGGCCGGUCGGUCGAUCAUAAAUGCAUAUAAAAUAGCCCGACCGGUCGAUUAAAUUUUUGAGCGUAAAAUUGUAAACAUAGUGAAAUAAUUACAUGAACACCGGUCAGUCACUUCGGGUUAAAGGCGUAUCGGUCAAUGGAAGUAGUCGGUACAAAUCGUUAGCCAAUAAACACGUCCGUGUUCCACUCUUACGGGACUCCGGAGAUGGACGUAGUGUUACGAUUGGUCCGUUUGUUCAAAGCGGACAUCGACGUAUGAUGACUCAUUAAAAAAAAAUCCUUGCGUUAAAAUCGCGCUCAAGAUGGCGUUCAGCCAACUUCGAUACCAGAGCGGGGCGUUACCAGGUAAAAAACGUAAGCAGCCGACCGACCCUGUAUCUUCUAAAAGAGCUUACGAAGUCAAGAGAGUUCGAACAUUUCAACAAUCAUGGCAAUCAGGUAGAGAAUGGCUGCAAUACGAUCCUGAAACGCAAUUGAUGCGGUGUCAAUUAUGCAUCGAAUUCUAUGGACCCAGUAGCAAUGACAAUAUAUUUAUAAAAGGCUCGUCGUAUCUCCGCAUUGAUGGCAUACAGCUACACGAAAAUUCUCCGAAUCAUUUUAAAGCAGUUCAAGCCAAACAGGCAAAAUCAACACCCAAGUCGUCUAGCACUGCAGCCAAAGCAUUGAAGACCUUAAGACAGGCGGAUUAUGACAAACUUGUAAACAAGUUCAGAAAUGCUCAUGCUGUUUGCAAGAACAAUUUUCAGCGCGUCAUCAGCAACUUGCAGAGCCUCUCCCUGUACCUACAGACAGACCUCAUCAGCCUCGCAGAUGCUGCUCGACGAGUGCAGUCCUCAAAGACUGCCAUCUCACAGCUGUGUGAGAAAGAUGAUAGCACUGUCUCUGAUGUAAGCGCAUCAGAAACCUACAAGCAAGAGAAGCUUGUAUUCAGAGGUGUUAAGGCUAAGGCAGAUCAGAGUUCUCUUAUAAAAGAGAUUGUUGAAAAUCUAGAGGCUAGAUUUCCAACAUCAGAUCUUGUAUCUGCAACGAUGGUUUCUUCAUUUAAAAACUGGCCGGACCUUACAUCGGAUGAAAUUAAAGAUAGCACUUUCGGAGACAAAGAAGUUGAGACUCUCUACAGGCAGUUUGAAGAUGUUGCAUUUGGGAAAUCUAGUGAGGGCAUCGCCUUAGAAGAUGUGUUGGACCAAUGGGCAACACUGAGGACACUGAUCUACCACAGAUAUCCAUUCCAAGACAGGCAGAAGCUGACUUGGGUCACUGUAAUGGGCAGCAUGGCGGAUCAGCAACUAUAUGCAGUGUUCACACUGAUUGACAUUACUCUGGCCCUGCCCCCCACCUCUGUCAAGUGCGAGACAUCAUUCUCCGCCAUGAAGCUCCUCAAGAACAAGCGAAGGGGCCGUCUCCGUGCUGGACGCCUCAACGAUGUGAUGAUGGUGAAGCUCACGUCUCCAUCCAUCAAUGAAUUUGACCCAGACCUUGCGAUCAAGCACUGGAUGACUUCAACACCCAGUGGACAACCCCGCAGAAUCAAGAGAGAAGCCCCAGGAUCCCAAGGGGACUGUAUCGUGGUGUCAGAAGAGGACGAAAAAGAUGUUGCCAGCAACAAGGUGCCAGAGAACUCAGAAUAUGAAGAUGAUGAUGAUGAUGAUGACGAUGAAGAUAUGGAGAUGUCGGCGGAGCAUGCCUUUUCUGUUGUUUUGAAAAAUGAAUAAUAAAUGUUGUAAAUGGGA